UGUAAACAUUUGAUCUGUUAUAACAGUCAGAUAUGAAAUCAUUGCCAGACAACUGGAAGUAAAUUACUUGAAAUUAAUAAAUAUAGCUUAUCUGGGAAGCAAUACUCUCGGUACCCGAGCCCACCUCCCUAUGCGCUUCCUGUUUCGUCGUCAUGGCAACAGAGUCUGCGUCCCUUGUGUUCAGAGAGAUGAUGUCCGACAAGAAAAAAAAUGAGAAGAUGCCAGAGCCAGGGACUGGACUGUGGAAUAGUGCUCGGCCUCAACCAUACAGCAAAGAAACAGUGGAUCUGUUGAAAGUUAUGAUGCAGGAGUCCAGGCUCACCAAUUUCCAACAGCGACAGCUUGGUGAAAAGCUUAAAGCAGGGGGAGCUCUACCACUUAAAUGUAACCCUACUUCUAGCACCUUCCAGAAGUCUACACCUCCCAUGUCUUCUAAACCCCACUCAGUAGCCAAUCUAAAUGGAAAACCCUCGAGACGUAGUGCUGAAAGGUGCCAGGAGGGAAAUGCUUAUGAGAGAGAGAAGUUCUACCCAAAACCUACCAGAGACAGAGAGAAAGAGAAGCAGAGACUUCAAAGCAUUCUUGCAACAGGAAAAGAGACUUCGGAGAUUGAACAUAGAAAAUGCAGAGACUCGAGAGAGUCUGACAGUGAACCCGAGAGGGAUCGGUUCGAUGAAGUGUUUGAAGAAAUUAGAGAGCGUCACGCAUUCUUGAAAGAGAUGGAGCUUCUGGGUCAAGGGAAACAGUACCAAGCUAUAAUUGCUACCGAGAUUUCACAGAAAAUCAGAGAAUUGGAGAUUAUUGACAAAGUACGGAGUUCAGAACUUUUAACAAUGGAUGAUGGCCAGCAAUUAUUGAAAAGCAUUUAAGAAAAAUCUAAGUUCGUGUUGAAUAAAGCUCUUAGAAAAUUAUGAAUAUAACAUAGACCUGUCCACUGAGACAGCAUUUUUUGAUGUAUUGACAUAACAGCCUUUUGUUUGCAUUUUUUCCCCAAACAAUGUUGUUGUAUUUUAUUUUGUUUCACACUGCCAAUUAAAUAAUAAUCUGUUGCUGAA